AUGCGCGCCACGUUUUCAGCUCUCAGCCGCAACAGCGCGACCCUCACCUUGCGCGCACCUCUACGCACCUCAACACCGCUAUCAGUGCGCACCUUCACUCCCACAACCUUCCGCACAAUCUCGUCGACCACGCCGCGCCACGAUAGUCCUAAUGUGACAUCUCGCGAAACUCUUCUACCUCAAACACACUACGACUUGUUCCCCUCGCUAGGCCCAGAUGCGCUCCCACCAAAAGGUCCCUUCGCCCUCGACCUCUCCCUCCUACGCAAGGAAUUCCUUCAACUACAAGCAAAAGCCCAUCCAGACCUCGCGCCUCAGGAGAAGAAGCGCCAAGCCGAGGCGCUGAGCUCAAGGAUCAAUGAGGCAUAUAAGACACUCCAGAACCCAUUGUUACGAGCACAAUAUAUACUUCAGAUGAGGGGAAUCGAUGUUGCUGGUGACGAAACAGCAAAGGUCGAGGAUCCCGAGCUGUUGAUGGAGGUCUUGGAGACGAGGGAGGUCAUCGAGGAGGCUGCUACUGAAGAGGAGUUGCAACCAUUGAAGGAGUUGAACGAGAGGAGGAUCGCUGCUAGUGUUGGUGUGUUAGAAGAGGCAUUCCAAAAAGAUGAUAUGGAUGCUGCUAAGGAAGAGGCUGUCAAGUUGAGAUAUUGGAUCAACAUCCGGGAGACCGUCAACGCCUUUGAGCCUGGCAAGCCUGUUGUCUUGAUCCAUUAG